AUGUUCAGCUGGCUGAAGCGGGGCGGGGCUCGGGGCCAGCAGCCGGAGGCCAUCCGCACAGUGACCUCGGCCCUCAAGGAGCUGUACCGCGAAAAGCUGCUGCCUUUGGAGGAGCACUACCGCUUCGGGACCUUCCAUUCUCCGGCCCUGGAGGAUGCUGACUUCGACGGCAAGCCCAUGGUGCUGGUGGCCGGCCAAUACAGCACGGGCAAGACCAGCUUCAUCCAGUACCUGCUGGAGCAGGAGGUGCCUGGCUCCCGGGUGGGGCCGGAGCCCACCACCGACUGCUUCGUGGCUGUCAUGCACGGUGAUACGGAGGGCACCGUGCCUGGCAACGCCCUGGUUGUUGACCCGGACAAGCCCUUCCGUAAACUCAACCCCUUUGGGAACACCUUCCUCAACAGGUUCAUGUGCGCCCAGCUCCCCAAUCAGGUCCUGGAGAGCAUUAGCAUCAUCGACACCCCGGGGAUCCUGUCGGGGGCCAAGCAGAGAGUGAGCCGUGGCUACGACUUCCCGGCUGUGCUGCGCUGGUUCGCGGAGCGCGUGGACCUCAUCAUACUGCUCUUCGAUGCUCACAAGCUGGAGAUUUCGGAUGAGUUCUCGGAGGCCAUCGGCGCCCUGCGAGGCCACGAGGACAAGAUCCGUGUGGUGCUUAACAAGGCCGACAUGGUGGAGACGCAGCAGCUGAUGCGUGUCUACGGGGCGCUCAUGUGGGCGCUGGGCAAGGUGGUGGGCACACCCGAGGUGCUGCGCGUCUAUAUCGGCUCCUUCUGGUCCCAGCCACUGCUGGUACCGGACAACCGGCGCCUCUUCGAGCUGGAGGAACAAGACCUUUUCCGGGACAUCCAGGGCCUGCCGCGCCACGCGGCGCUGCGUAAGCUCAAUGACCUGGUGAAGAGAGCCCGGCUGGUGCGGGUUCACGCCUACAUUAUCAGCUACCUGAAGAAGGAGAUGCCCUCCGUGUUUGGGAAGGAGAACAAGAAGAAGCAGCUGAUCCUCAAGCUGCCUGUCAUCUUCGCCAAGAUUCAGUUGGAGCAUCACAUAUCUCCCGGUGACUUCCCGGACUGCCAGAAGAUGCAGGAGCUGCUGAUGGCUCACGACUUCACCAAGUUCCACUCGUUGAAGCCGAAGCUGCUGGAGGCCCUGGAUGAGAUGCUGACCCACGACAUCGCCAAGCUCAUGCCCCUGCUCCGGCAGGAGGAGCUGGAGAGCACGGAUGUGGGUGUGCAGGGGGGCGCUUUCGAGGGCACCCACAUGGGUCCCUUCGUGGAGCGGGGGCCCGAUGAGGCCCUGGAGGACGGCGAGGAGGGCUCGGAUGACGACGCCGAGUGGGUGGUGACCAAGGACAAGUCCAAGUAUGAUGAGAUCUUCUACAACCUGGCGCCGGCUGACGGCAAGCUGAGCGGCACCAAGGCCAAGACCUGGAUGGUGGGUACCAAGCUCCCCAACUCCGUGCUGGGCCGCAUCUGGAAGCUGAGUGAUGUCGACCGCGACGGCAUGCUGGACGACGAGGAGUUCGCCCUGGCCAGCCACCUCAUCGAGGCCAAGCUCGAGGGCCACGGUCUGCCGACCAACCUGCCCCGCCGCCUGGUGCCACCUUCCAAGCGGCGCCACAAAGGCUCGGCCGAGUGA